CUGUAGCCUGACAAAAAAAUGUACGCGAAAAGAAAGCCGAAAGGCUAGACGACUUCUUUUGUAGCAUGCAGAAACUAAGACUCGUAGCUACGAAUUUUUAGAGAUAUAUGGCUGGGACCUAAAUCUCGAUAAGUACUCUACUUGAGACUUACUUAGAGCCAUCCAUAACAGCAUAACAUGGAUUUUAAGGAAGAUUCAAAGAGACUAACGUUUCGAAGAUGUUACAGCGAGCCACCCCUUGGAGGCCGAUUGACAGUGUCUUCAAGACAAUCUAACUCAAGUGCUCAAUCUUUACAAGAAAUAAAAUCUACACAGCAAAAGAAUUUGUCCCAAAAACUGAGCCCUGGAGGGCGAAGUGGAGUUGUUGUUCGCUCUAGUACUUUUCCUCUGCUACCAACACUCAACAACAAGCCUAAAAAGAACAACCAUUUUUCGGAAAGCGAGAAUAAUCUGCAACCUAGUUUACCAUUGUUUUCAAAUUUGAUAACCCCAAGUCAGCGAGGAGUCCUACAAGCUCGAAAGUACCAACUUAGGAGUAGAUAUACUAUCGAUGCAAUGAAAGCACCGCCGAUAAAGAAGGAGUUGCCCUCAAAUCCUCUACGGAAACGAGUGCAAGAGAUCAACGACGAUGAUAAAGAUAUAAGUGGUACUCCUAAAGUUCCAGCUGAACCAGAAGCAGAGUUAUUGUCCGAUCUCUACUGCCCUUAUUCUAGCCACCAAACAUCUAUUCGCAGACUUUCUGUAAUAACAGAAAAGUCAAACUUCUCAAGAACAUCAAAUAAGACAGCAUUUUUCGACUUAGAAGACGAGAACGAAGUGAAUAGGAGUAUUCUACCAUCUGUCGAGAGGACAUGUGUCAAUAAAAGACCAAGUCAUUUGGAGAAAAACUCGCGAUCGAGGAAGCUUCAAGAACAUGUUCAGAUGACAGAAAAACAGUUCAAUCCUUUGGAGAGUAAAGCAAGUUUACUAAGUAAUUGGUUUAAAACUUUGGAAACGGAGGGCUAAAGUAAGAGAGUUAUAUAGACGCAGAAUAGAGCAUUUUGAAAACCACUUAACGCUAACUGCUCUUGAUAUGCCGGAACCUGCAAUUUGAAUUUCAUUCAAUUCAGUAGGUCACACAACCGCCUUUGUUUUUUUUAAAAUGGGAAUUAGCGGCUGUUCGCUGUAAGUUGAACACAUGACACUAAUACUAAUGUGCCAAAUAUCUUAAUAUUUUAAGCCGAGAUGUAUUGGCCAUUAUGGUCAAACCACUUCCAACCGACAUCAAAUCCUAAUAAUUUAAGCUCGUGCAAAUAUGAUUUUCAUAUUCCAUCGUUCUUGCUUUAGCUUCUUGUUCUUUGCUCGAGGUCCCGUCCAUAUUAAUAAAUGUUUUAGAAUUUGCUGCAGGAAAAAAUAGCAUUUUCUGCCAACUUCAUUCGUACAAUGUUGCUAAGUGUCGCUGAUAGAAUCAACCUUAAAUAUUUUGAAUUUUCUGCGCCAUAUUUGGUAUUCCUGCUGCUGUCACUGAUAUUAGCUUUUAAAGUGUCACAGAGUAAAGCUGAAAUAUUUUGAAUUUUCUGUGCACAACAUUUUUGGUUGUCGUGAGACAGUGUUGGUGCUGUUGUUCCUGCGAGAGUAGCAGGCUGUAGCUUGCUUUCGUGUUGGCAAUUCAAAAACAUCGAUAAUAGCAUGUGUUUUCGAAUUCAUUGCUAGAAAAAAAGUUGCAGCAAUUAUCGACCCCUUGCUCAAUUUGGAGGACAAAACGAAAGAAUUUCAAUCUCCUGAGAAUUGAAAACCUAUUGUUAUGUCCUCCAAAGUUGAGAUGAAGUUUCGAUGUGCCACAAGGGGUCUAUUUGGUUUAUUGAGAAGGACCUAGGUGAUAAACUGGUUGCUUUGUUUCGUUUAAUAUGAUGUUUUUCAUAUUAUAUUCAUUGGCUUCAAGAGCUGAGGUUAAUUAACCUACUCAGUUUAUCGUUAUCUGCUAAUAACGUUUUGAAGUCGAGUAAUUUAGCUUACCGGUCAGAUGCUCUUGAAUAGUCCCUUUCGCAUUUCCCUGCGGCAACUUGAAAGGUAGCCGUGCCUUUGCAUCGAAGCGAGACGAACGGUGAGUUUGCAGUGAUAAAAAAUGUAAAUAAUUGUCCAAAGUGUUAAAAAAAGUCUCUAUCAUUGCGAUGGCGCAGGGAACUGUAAAAAGGUGCUGGAGUCUUUAAUAUAAAUGGUGUGCAUGACAAUGAUAAUUCAUAAUUUAUAAUUAGAGAUAAUUUAGUUUGGGCGUAAUGUUUCCCCAUUUCAGACCCCGUCUCAUUCCCUAGAGUAUCAUUUCAUUUUUUAAUGGUUAGACAUUAGAAGACACAUGAAUAUGGACACAACUCAAACAAAGAAUCUUAUUCUCAAGAAAAUGACACGUGGUCUGAAAUGGAAAAGCAUUGUGCUCAAGUUAAAGAGGUUUAAUAAGCCUUUUCAUAGUUUAAGAAUUGAUUCCACUGCGCAUGCGAUUUUAUCCCGAAUUUCUUACCUUCUUUUGUCUAAACCUUCUUUUGUUCUUAAUUAAACAAAAGAAGGUGAGAAAUUCGGGAUAAAAUCGCAUGCGCAGUGGAAUCGAUUCUUAAACUAUGAAAAGGCUUAUUGGGAGUCAACAGAGAGAUUUUUUGAUAGAUAAUAUUGCGUUUCUAAUAUAACAUAUUCAAGUUCAAGUUCAAGUUACAGAAUAAGAAAAGAUUAAUGACAGAUAUUAAAAAAAAACCUAAUUAAAGAAAGUUUUAAAUAAUGGAAAAGUGUGUAGUGAUCAAAGGAGCAUAGCUUUCGAGUUGACCACUGCACUGGAUAGGUAAGAUGGAAGCCGGCUCAAAUGCGAAGUCUUAUAAAUAUAUAUAAUACUUAUAUUUAUAUAUAUUUAUGGUAUGCAACGGAUAUUUUAAUGUGUGUGUGUGCUUUUAAUCCCAAUUAUUCGGAUAAAAUGACAUAGGUGUGAAUAUUAAGGAGUGAAUAAUAAAGUGUGCAAAGAAAAAGCG